AUGCCACACUCUUAUCAACUUUUUGCUUCUAUCAAAGAUUUUUUUGACAAUCACAUUAUACCCAGAUUCUUUCCAAGGUUUGAUGAGUUUGUUUAUGUUUAUGACGGUGAAGAAGUCACCAUAGAUCCAAAGGAUUUGGAAUUGAAAUACAAAUUUGCAAUAAAAUAUAUUAGACCCGUGCUACAAGCUUAUUGGAAUGUGAAAACGCUUCAUUAUCCUCUACGUUACUGUAUUGAUAAAUCAUUGAUAAAUACCAAUAAGAAAUUUAAGAGUCUAGUGACUGAUACUUUAUCUAAAUGCAAAAUUCACAAAAGAAAAGGCAAACCAAAUGUGAAAACAUCAGAUGAUUAUCAUCGAGUUAAUGAUCUCACUGGAGGUCUACCGAUGGAAGUCUGGGAUCUUAUAAUAAUGAUGGGUGCCGAUCCGAAAGUCUUCAUACGAGUUAACACUCAAUUCUACAAUUUUAUCGGACCAAAGCUAUACAAAGAUUUCAAGGACAUACAAGUUCUAUUAGUUCUAACUAAAACUACAAAAAUAAGAGCUAAUGAUGCAAAUUUCUUAAAAUAUGGACCUGAUUAUCCCCAUAAACCAUGUAUCAAUGGUUAUGAGAUAUUUAAACGUCGCAAAGAGGGACUUAAACAUGAUUUUGAAUUUUUGGAAGUAACCAGAAUAUAUGAUACAAUACGUUACAAAUCAAGCCAUGAAGCAAUCAAACAUAAUACUGGUGCAAUAUUCAUUACAUGUCUCAAAAGCAUUGAAUUUUUAUUUGAUCAUAUAUUGGGAAAUGAAAAAUCUGCUCUAAAAUAUAUGAUACAAAGUGUUACGGUUGAUAUCUCCAUAUUGGAUGGAUUUCAAGAAGUAAUGUACCAAUCUUCUGGAAAAUUACCAAGCUCAAACUUAAGUUUGAAUGGUAUGAUAGAAAAUAUGGUUAAUAAUGCUUCAGGCUCAAAGUUGACAAAGCUUCAAACGGAAUCAAUCGAACUCUUUGCUACCAAUCUCAAUGAUAACUUUGAUAAUUCCAGGUGGAGACAAGACCCAGGAACAUUACAAACCAAUUAUCUUUUCAAGCCUGGUUACAACGGACACGUUCCAACAAAUGAGAAGUUUCCCCAGCAUGUAUAUUUUAUGGAACUCAACCAUUUGGAUGAUCUAUUUGCACUCUAUAUUAAGCAUGGCAAAAGAAAAGAGAUGGCUGAUAUCAAAUCAGAAAGUGAAUUGAAAAAAAAAUCACCCUUCAGAAUUCAUCGCAAACGAAGAAGGUCGAUCAAUACUGUCAAAAACAAUGACUACAUUUAUACCGGAUUAUCAGAUAGAGCAGUGUCAAAAAGUUGGGAUAUUUUCAUUCAAGAUAGACAUUUUAAAUCGGAAGUUGAAACCUUCGAUUCUUUAGCCAAAAUCGUACAAACACUUUUUUCUGAAACAAAUAUUAAAGUAUCUCUUUUGAUUAAUGGGUUGCGUUUAACACAAGAACAAGUGACUCCUCCAGAAUCAUGCCGUGACUUAUGUGAGCCUUUGUCUGGUCAUAAAGUUAUUUCCACCCUUGUUAAUAACCACGCCAUUCCCGAUAAAUAA